AUGGAAAAGGACGUGGAGACGAAUCCCACCACGGCCGGCGGCGGCGGCGCCCACGGGCUCCGAGGGGGGUCCUCAUCCGAACAGGGCACUCUCGCGGAAAAGGAGGCCGAGCAGGCUUUUGCUUCUUCAGAUGAACUGGAGAAGGGAGAAAAGACCAAGAUGGCGGAGGAGCGAAAGAGUUUCGAAGACGUUGAGGAGACGGCCGACAGUGAGCCGUACCAAGAGGACAUCAUCGAGCGCACACAAACAACACACACCCACGCCAGCGCCCGCAGCCGCCUCUCGCGCAUCGCAAGCCGCGUCUCCUCGCGCCGCAGCAAGCCCCGCGACCAGCUCCCGCCCACCGUCCACCCGCUCUCCGACCUCGACAAUGGCAUCGUCGGCUGGGACGCCCAGGACGACCCGGCCAUACCCAUGAACUUCGACCGCCGGCGCAAGUGGAUCAUUAUCUGGUUCCUCGCCGGCAUCACCUUCAUGACGCCCUUUGCCUCCUCGAUCCUCGCGCCCGCGAUCGAGUACUUCAAUGACGACUUUGGCAAUGAUGAUCUCACGCUGGGCACGUUGCCGGUUUCGAUUUACUUGCUGGGUUAUGCUGUCGGCCCCUUGUUCCUAGCUCCCCUCUCAGAGAUCUACGGCCGCCGUCCCGUGCUUUCGGCGGCCAACUUUUUCUUCUGCGCAUGGCUGAUCGGUUGCGCGCUCGCCCCGUCUCUUAACGCCCUUAUCGUGUUCCGCUUCCUGGCGGGCGUGGGCGGCUCCGGGUGUCUCGCUAUCGGCGGCGGCGUCAUCGCGGACAUGAUCCCGGUGCAGGAGCGCGGCAAGGCGCUGACAAUCUGGAUGGUCGGCCCCCUGAUCGGUCCCACGCUGGCGCCCAUCCUCGGCGCCUUCAUCGCCCAAGACAUCGGCUGGCGCUGGUCCAACUGGAUUGCCUUCAUCGCCGCGACGCCCAUGGCCGCCGUCAUCGCCGUCUUCAACCAGGAGACCAACCCGCGCGUACUCAUCGACCGCAAAGUCGCCCGCCUACGCCGCGAGCUGAACCGGCCCGAGCUGCGCAGCGUGUACCUCGACACCUCCCCGACCGCGCCCAAGUCAAACUCCCAGGUCCUCGUGCGCGGCCUCAUCAGGCCCAUCAAGAUGCUCUUCCUGUCGCCCAUCAUCUUCAGCGUGAGCCUCUACAUCGCGUUCGCGUACGGCACGCUGUACCUCCUGUUCAGCACCAUCCCGCUCGUCUUCCACAACAACUACGGCUUCGAGAUCGGCAUCACGGGUCUGGUGUACAUCCCGCUCGGCCUGGGAUACAUCCUGGGCAUGGCCGCCUUCACGAUGCUCUCGGACAGGACCGUCGUGCGCAUGACCAAGGCCAACGGCGGCGUCUACGAGCCCGAGAUGCGCCUGCCGGACUGCAUAUACUUUGCCUGCCUCCUACCGGUGACCUUUUUCUGGUACGGCUGGACGACCCAGUACCACACGCACUGGGCGGCGCCAGUCAUUGGGCUGUUGCCGUUCGGCAUUGCGAUCCUGGGUAUCUGGCAGCCCAUACAGUUGUACAUCAUCGACGCAUACCCCACUUUCGCCGCGAGUGGCCUGGCUGCUUUCACGGUUUUCCGCAGCAUCGUUGCGGCAUUCCUACCUAUUGCGGGCCCUCCCAUGUACGACGCUCUGGGCUUAGGCUGGGGAAACAGUUUGCUUGGUUUCAUUGCUAUUGCGCUCAUCCCGGUGCCGACUCUGAUAUACCAUUACGGAGGUCGUCUACGCAAGUGGCAGAAGCUGGUGUUAUAG